CAGCCUCUCGCUUACCGCCAGUUGAUAAUCGACCUCUUUGGCGCGAACACGCCGUGCCGCGCUUGUCUAUGCUCCACUCACGGACGCAACUUUUCAGUGACGUAUUUCCUUUUAAAAUUCGAAUUUCCUGAAUACGGACCAUCAUUUUUCAGGUUAAAACAUUCGAAUUUUAAAUUGUAAAAACUAACGUGAAGUGAACGCAAUGAAGGACAUAGAAACUUUUUGAUGAAUGAUAGUUUUUAAUUUGAGUGCUUUUUUUUAAAUAAUUAUUUGGAACUUUGCCGAAGGAAUUGGAUGAAUAUAAUAAAUCGGAAGAUAGGUCAGCCCUUCUUCUGGAUCUCUCUAACAGAUCAAAAAUGACCGUCAAAAAGGCCACGCGGUGCGGAGGAGGUCUAGCAGCCAUCGUCGCCAGGCAGAAACUGCACAGUAUCAAUCAACAGCUAGACAUAACAACUAUCACCAAACCAUCUUCUCUUCAGAACUACAACAUCAUCGUCAGAUUCAAUGAAAAAGAUCAACUGCAACUUCUCACUAAAGAAAACUCUAGUGACGACGAAAAACAAAAACUCAUUAAAGACUACACAGAAUUAAAAACAAGUAAAUACGAAAACAUAUCCAUUGACGACAUCACCAAAUGUGCAAACAUUGAGAACUACCCAAAUUGCGACAGCACUCUAGUCUUUUAUGUAACCAAAAACCACAACAAAGAAGCAAUAGCGCUCAAAUUCGAAAACGAACAAGACUUCAAAAGAAUAUACUUCACGUACAAGUAUUUUAAAAUGCGAAAUCGAUUGACGAAAAACACGAAUAAUUACUCGAGCAGUGAUAACCUGUUUUCAAAAAAGAAAACCUAUGAUUUAUUUAAAACUAGAAAGAAUAGUAUCGAUGAUUACAAUCUUCUCGAUAAAGGUAGAGAAUUCGAUUUAAUGCAGACGACGGACAAUGAUGGUGUCACGCACAUAUCAGUACAACAUAAAGGAUUGAAUUCACGUUUCGAUCAACCGAUGAGCCUUAUUGGAGUCAGAAGUGAUGUAGUUGAUGUUGGUGAAAUAGACAGCAUUAUUUACACAGAUGCAGACAUACCUACAAAACCUGAGAGGAAAAGACUGUUCCAUAAGAAAGCUAAGGCUCCUCCACCCCCCAUAAUUACACCAAAGGAACAGCCUAAGGUAUUAAAAGGAGAAUUUGUUAGAGUUAACGUUGAUAGAACUCCAGACGUAAUUCCUAGAGAAACUAAAGUGAAUAAGGUUCCAGAUAUUCUUAUGUUUAGAGACAAUAAACCAAAAAAGAAUACGAAAAGCAAUCUAUGGUCGGUGAGCAACAAAGUGACCACCGGCUACGAGUCUGAUCGUGAAGAAUGGAAGACAAGCCGCUCUCAAUUCUCCACUACAGCUUUUGACAGUCUAGCACGACCAACCAAGAUGGCCGUCGCUCUCACUCUGAGAAAACCCCCAAGAUUAGAACCUGUGCAAUACUACAGACUCAGCGAGCCUAAAGCACAACUUGCACCCUUAUCAUUCAGACCAAACAAUUAUCUACAGAGACCACCAAGACUUCCCAGACCAAUACCAGAGAUAAAAAGAAAUUUUCUAAGUACAGAUCACAGGAAAUUUACAUCACUGCAGAAUUUAGAAAUACCUAUGAAACUAAGUGAGUCUAAAAAGCAAAAUGAUACAAAGAGGAAUUACUCCAAUAUUUCUAAUAAAAUUACUGGAUUGACGAAUAAGCUAAGAGAUUUGGGUAAUCCUAGUAAUACACUUGGCAGAUUCAAAGCACAAUCCCAUGGAGACGUGGCUAACUUGAAGCCAGUUUUGAAGACUAAUGCACAAGAUGGGAACAAACGUCCAGUUGUGAGGACUUGUAGUGCAGAGCCACCAAAGAAAGUUACGUUUAGUGCAUUUGCUACUGUUCAAGUGGUAUAAACAAAUGCCUUGACAUCAGCUGAGUUUGGAGUCGAGUGGAUACCACACAAUGUAUUUAUUCUUUGUUAACUUAAUCAGCAGCAGAUAUUUGUAUACAAUUGUUUUUAAAGACAAAUGGUAUCACCUGGACAUAAGUAACUUAUAAAAUGUAUCGAUACAUAGAGUAUAAUCUAGAUUAUGAUGGAUGGACUUAAUAGCUGUAAAUUUAAGUAUAAGAUGAGUUAAGUAUCUGAAUUUUAUGACAGGAUAGAAAUUAUACAAUAAUGAAAUAAAUCAUCUUAAUAUUUUCAGUCCGAGAUACUAAUUACUAAUGAUAUAAUAAAUUUAUCACACAAAUUACGGAAUGUUGCUGUUAUAUCUAUAAUGAUGGAUGAUAUUUCCAUCUGUAGAUAAGAUAUAGUUUUAUUAUUAUCCAAUACUUUUGCAUCAUGAAUGUGAUAAAAUACUUAAGUACCUAAGUCGCCCAGUUUUUAUCAAAUUCAUUUGUUCUUAUUCAAAUACGCUUUGUAAUUUUAUGUAAUGGAUUGAUAUGGCCGGGAAUUGUGUAAAUAGUAAUGAUAAGAUUGAUUUGAAUAUGACACUUACUUAAUUUCUUAUGUCAUAGUUUAAAAAUAAUUGCACACUCUAUUCAUUGUCUUCAUAUUUGAUUUGUAUAAAACCAGGAAUAGAAUACAUACAUAUGUACAUAUGGUCAUGUCUUUAUCCCUUACGGGGAAGACAUAGCCAACAGUUAUAGAACAGGAAUAGAAUGGUUGGUAUAAUUACUAAUAUCAUUAUCAUGACUUUGUCAACUUUCAACUUUAGAGACUGUUUUGUUGUUUGAUUCUGAACUGACAGGCGUAUUUUGUACUAAAAAAACAAGUUUUACUUUAGCCGAUUUUCUGCGGAGCAACUUUUCUUUGUUACAUAGGUAUUUGAAGAUUAUAAAUUUCCUAUCACCCACAACAAGCGCCAAUUUCUUGUAUGAGUAUAAGUAGGGUGAAAAUAAUUUUAAAACCAUUCUUCCCUUUUAUAAUCAGUUAAAAUCUCCAAUUAAGUAAAUUCAUAUUGAACGUGACUACAGAAAUCUAAAUAAUCUGAUAUCCAUGAAUAAAAAUGGAGAGAGGACCUUUAUAAAAUAGUCUGAGUUUAGAAACUUUUUGAAAUUCUUCUUCUUGUUGAUGAUCUAAUCCUUAAUAUUAAAACCUCUGAAAGGGACGCUCUGUAGAAAUUUUUGUUAUAGUUUUACGACUUGCAAUAUUGAAAUGCCACCAAUCUUAUGUUAGAAGAUUGUUGUCGGUCAGUUUCACGGAGAAACUUUAAAUUGUAAAUAAAAUGCAUAAUUUUGUUAAGACAAUUUGUAUUGACUUCUAAAAAUUUCUAGUCGCCUUUCUGUCUGUCUGCUUAUCACAUCAACUUCUUUACUCGUUUAGUCAAAUAAAUUAAUAAGGUGUGUUACUUUGCUUUCUUAAACUAUAUAUAAUUCAAUUUGUAUAUAAUUCACAUUAAAAAUUAAGGUUCUUGUUUCUGCUCAUAAUUUUUCACCAGCUUUUUUUAUAAGAAUUUGACCUUUGGGAGUUUCAUUCAUCUUUACAUAAAACAUGUAACCGGACAUUGUCGAAGUUAUGAAAUUAGCAAUAUUUGACUUUUAUCAUGAAGGUUUAUAUUCCUAUGCACUUUCCCUGUACUGUAAAUAACAUGAAAAGUCAUAUGGUUUUAAUUUUGUGUCAAAAUUUUAAUAUAAAUAUCUAACAAAAUAGAAUUAACGUGUACCUAUGUUAUAGAUUGUUCGUUGUUUUUUUAAUCUAAGUUUGUUUGAAAAAUAAAAAUGUUAAUAACA